AUGGCGAACACGUUUCGCGGUGUGACGGUUUCAGCCGUCAACAAUGACGGUGCUCUAACUCCGCGCUUCAACUUCCCUACAAACGUAAACGUGGAUUACGACCCGCAAGGUCUAAGUGUUAAAGUGAUACGUGCUGAUCCUGUGCUGGCUCAGGAGGUGCUAGAGUUCCCCGUCCACAGUCAGAGCGAGUGUUCACGGGUUGCCGGACAAUCGUAUAUUUUUACGAUAGAUAAUGAAACAUUGUUUUUUAAGUUCGCCUCCGAUGUUGACUGUCAGAACUUCCAUCUGCUGGUUAGUAAAAUCAAGGCCGGUAGAUCGUCAUCUGUGUUUACGGUGCGUACGGAGGACUCGUCGGCGAUGCAAUAUUUCCAAUUUUAUGGUUACUUGAGUCAGCAGCAGAACAUGAUGCAAGAUUACGUGAGGACGAGCACGUAUCAGAGAGCUAUUUUAUCAAAUAUCAACGACUUUAAAAAUAAGGUAGUUCUAGACGUGGGCGCAGGAUCUGGUAUUUUGUCUUUCUUCGCGGCUCAGGCUGGUGCUCGUAAAGUAUAUGCUGUCGAAGCGAGCAAUAUGGCGCACCAUGCGCAGGCCCUGGUCCGAGCUAACGGCCUGCACGACCGCAUCACAGUUGUCGCGGGCAAAAUUGAAGAAAUUGAGCUACCGGAGACUGUAGAUGUUAUUAUAUCCGAACCAAUGGGCUAUAUGCUAUACAAUGAACGUAUGUUAGAAACGUACUUACAUGCUAAAAAAUGGCUCAAACCCAACGGUAAUAUGUACCCUACUCGUGGUGAUUUACACAUAGCACCCUUCACAGAUGAUGCUUUAUUUAUGGAACAGUAUAACAAAGCCAAUUUUUGGUACCAAGCUUGCUUCCAUGGAGUUGAUCUCAGUGCGUUACGCACAGCUGCCAUGAAGGAAUAUUUUAGACAACCAAUAGUUGAUACCUUUGAUGUACGUAUUUGUAUGGCAAGGUCAGUGAGACAUGUUGUUGACUUCCUAAAUGCGAAUGAAACUGAUUUACAUCGCAUCGAAGUGCCGUUCAGAUUUGAAUUAACACAAUCCGGAACUUGCCACGGUCUAGCAUUCUGGUUUGAUGUACUGUUUGCAGGUAAUACUCAACAUAUAUGGCUGUCUACAGCACCAACUGAACCCUUAACACAUUGGUAUCAAGUUAGAUGCCUGCUUGAGACACCAAUUUUCGCUAAACAAGGCCAAGCAUUAUCUGGUCGUGUUCUUUUAUUAGCCAAUAAGAGACAAAGUUAUGAUGUUACAAUGGAAAUCAACUUGGAGGGAACUAACAUUUCAUCGUCCAAUACGUUAGACUUAAAGAACCCCUACUUUAGAUACACGGGAGCACCAGCUGCUCCACCCCCAGGGGUUAACACAACGUCUCCAAGUGAAACAUAUUGGAAUUCUAUAGAAUCCGCUGGGUCUUUAAGCAACGGCCAAGGCGUUAUUCUGACUGACGGGACACAGCAGUAUUGCUCAACACCUGAUCAAACUAUUACUUACGGAGCCCAUCCGAACAUGAUUAAAACAGUGAUGCUCCAGGAAGAAUUCAUCAAGAGGAUCGGGAUUAGUCAAAAUGGUGACAUAUAA